AAACGUAGUCGUAUCAAACAUUUUGGGAAAUUUACGCAAUUUACAAGGGAGAAGAAAAUAUCUUUUCCAAAAUUGGCAACAUGAGUAGCCACACCCUGCCCCCAGAGGGAGGGGGCGGCAAGGGGCCAGCCAGCCAGACUUCCUCGUCCCAACCCCCCAAACAACAGCAGCAGCAGACACUGACGCAAAAGCUCGUAGCAGAGAAGAAACCGCAGGAAAAGGCGAAAGUGAUAGUGCAGCCGGUUCACCCACCGCUGUCCACUACUCUGCCGUUACUGAGACAGAAUGAUUCACCAACACCUGUACAACAGCCGACGCCUGCCAUCAUUGAAACUACAGUGCCAGUCAUCAAGUCAAGCAUUCCUAAUCUGAAGCAGCAGACUGUACCCAUUCUAUCAGGUGUAGCUUCCACCAAGCCAGCUCUGAUCCCUACUAUUCCCAUCUCCUACACCACAACCACCUCCACCGCCCCUACCACUACCCCCAUCACACACCCCCAUAGUACCAGCUCUGCCACGCCCAACGCCCCUGCCGUAGUCACCACCCAGGCCCGUCUAGCGUACCCGCCUCUAAACGUCACCAUGACCUCUGUUGUUCCGACAAGGAUCACUACAACCGUUGCUGCGGCAUCAGGCGCGACUGCAGCAGCAGCAGCAUCAGCUGCAGGUGGUGUCCCUGUCUCCGGUGUCCAAGCCCAGUACAUCCCCUCUGUGCAAAAGCUACCACCCAACUCGUUACCUGCUGAAGUACCGGGUCAUACCAAAGCAGGCUUGGUACCCGCCUCACACCUGGUAGCGGGGGCUAAUAUGUUAGCAGGGCAGGUGCCGUACAUCAGUGGUUCUCCUCUGGGGCUACAGCUCCCACCAGGCACACAUCCAUACUCUACACAGCUUCCACGUGGACCAACCUCAACUAAUCUUAGUCUGGCUGCCACUGGGAAGUCUGGGCUGACUACAGCCUUGUUGACCAGAGCUGGUGUCCCCCAAGGAGCAGUUAGUACUGCCGCGUUUCCUCAGCAGUCCAUCUAUGGUUACUCUCGCCACCAUGCACCGGGUCAGGUCCAUCUCUUAACGCAACAACGGGCAGGGUCACCAGGUGUCCUAACAGCUGGAGCCCUUCCUCGAGCUGCAUCCCCAGCCAGUACUCUGGCUUCAUCACAGCAACAUGAAUCAUUAAGAUUGAUACCUCACAUGAUCCCUUCAAGUCAAGGACUGAAACCCGACAGCUCGACCCAAGCCAAGGUUGAACUCAAGAUGGUCAUCAAGAAAGACACGACCAAGCCGGAUUCCUCCACCAAGACCGACGCCAAAGCAGACACAAGGCCAUCAUCGCGGACAGAGACCACCGAUAAACCUGGAGAUGCAAAGAAGGACGGGAAAGCAGAAGAACGCAUACAAGGAGUCAAGCUAGCCGUUGCCAUGGCGUCUGGCAAGGGAACGUCGGCUUCGGAGAAGGACCCGAGGGACGACGUGGCUCGAAGUGCAGCGGAGGCAACGAAAGUGGAGAUGCGGUCUUCGGAAGGGCGCGUGGAGAUGAGGGUCGAUGUGAGACCCAUUCAUAGAGGUCCGGAGGUGAUGGGACCGAGAUGGUCCGUACCGCAGAGAUGGGGUGGUCUCCCACCGUCGGGGCCCACAGGGGGUCUACCAAGUCACAUGAUGACCCAGGUUGUAACCAGUGUAGGGGGUAUGCUUCAUCCAAUCUCAUCAGUCCCUGCAGGUACUCCAAACACUUCGUCACAUCCGAUGGUUAGAGCGCCCCCACCCACGACAUCAUCAGGCACAGGAGCAUCACAGCCCACUGCAACCAAUUCAGGCACCAUUCCCGUCGCUAAAGUCUAUCCCCGCCAACAGCAGCAGCAGCAGACGCAGCAGCCCCCUCCCCAGGUACCCACCUCCCAGCGGUUCCCCAUGCUCUCUGAUCAGACGGCGGGGCCUGCCUAUAUCCAGAUGCAUCGGAGCUCACCGGGCGUGACCGCCAGUACCCCGGCCUCCACCCACCCUGCUACCAUCUCCACCACGGUGCCGGUCCCCCACACCACGCCCGCGGGGGCAACAGAGGUCAAGAUGGAGAGACCACCGCCCCACGGAUAUGCCCUCUCAUAUUAUUAUCAUCCAGAUUUAGGUUACCAGCAUGCUGUUGCUAUGCAACAAUAUCCUGGUCGUCAUGGUUACAACCCAAUCAUUAGACCGCCCGUUGACGGUCAACACCGAUUACCUCAUCACCCUGGCUCAUCGUUGAAUCAGAACAGUCCUGUUGCAGCAGCAUUAGCAGCUACAACCCAUGCAGCCAAUAUGGCUGGGGCCCCCGGAAGGCCAGGCCAGCUGACUAUGAUGGUUGGAGCAGAUCACAGGCGGCCUAUUGGAUUGCAGGGUAAUACUACCCCGGGGGUGCCCAGCACUAGUGUGGGGGAAGGAUCAGCCGAGGGCAGUGUUCCUUCGUUCACGAUGGCACAGGUACCGCCCGGAGCCCUGGGGUUGACCCAGGGUCAGAUGCCUCCAUCCUCCGCAGCCAAUCCCGGUGCUUCCCCUCGACCUAGUAUUCUCAGGAAAAGAAAUAAUGAUAGCGCAUCAAGCCGGAAACCCGUCAUGGCCAGCGCCGUCAUGUCACAACCAGGUAGCCCAGGGGUCAAAGUUGAAAUCACAAGAAUACCGGUCACAAGUAAUUCACCAAAGCCAAGUGAUUCAUUACCCAGUAGUCAACAUUCAGAGAACAGCAACGCCUCUGAGACCAGCACAGAUACUGCACCCCUCUCUACCGGUAGUGGUCCCAUCUCCACCGGUCCUGGUCCUAUCCGCAUCAAGCAGGAGACAGAUACCAACGGACUGGACCUGGUACCCCUCGGUGGCUCGGCCUCGACGCACGAGAACAGCAUUAGCAGUUUGGCGCCCUCAGUAGGUAGUACGGAGGAAGUGGGUCCAUCGCCGAGGAAGAAACCCAGGAAACAGCAGCACAUUAUUGCCACGGAACAUCCGAUGAUGCUGGAUGAUCAGUCAACGGAUGAUGAGAAGGAGACCAAACAGAAAGUGCCUUUCAAGCUGCAUAAGAAAGAGAAGAAAGAGAAGAAAAAUGCUGCUAAAGCAGCAGCCGCGGCGGCAGCAGCAGCCAACGCAGAAGCAGAGGCCAUGAAGGUGGUACAGUUCUUCAAGAGACCAUGUCCAAGGCUGGUAGAUAACUACAGACAAUCCUGGAAGCCGGCUCAUAAUCACUUUGAGAAGUACUCGGAUGUCAAACCUAAAGAAGAGAAGAAGAUUGGUAUUCAUGAAAUUGCCAACCAGCGAGGUAUUCUAAAGAAGACGGAUGGCUGGAAAAUUCAUCAUAUUGCCUACCAAUUUGAGGAUUUAAAUUCAAUGGAGAAGGAUUGUUAUGACGAGAUGAAGUCGAUGAAGGAUGGUUUACAAGGGAUGAACAGCAACAGCAAACUGAAGGAAUCAGAAACGCAUAAACUCUCAGAACUCGUACAGGGGUCGAUACAAAGGAGUCAGUACGUGAUGGAAUAUUUAGAGGAAGCAAAAGGAACAAUACUCAAGAUGCUCGACCACAAGACAAAGGUUGCUGGCAUCGUCAAGAAACAUGCAAACAAGAGACAUGUCAAGAAAAAGCACAGUCCCUGAGUCCAAUGGCCGACCGUUCACGUCGUGUUCUCGGCAACAAAAAACUCUCACCGUGGACAAUCAUUAUUUAUAGGGUCAGAUGGGGUCAAAGUAUGUUUAGGUCAAAUCAAAUGGCAUCAGGUCAGUUCAGCAGUGGUUCAGCAGAGAUUUUGCAUCUAUAAUUGAAAUAUGGCGAUACCAACAGGUUGGACUCUAUUUACAGGGAGUUCAAUGCGUGGUGGGAAAGCAGACUGGAUCACAAUGGGGAACUCCCCGAAAAUGCCAUCCUUGAAAUCUACAAACCAUGAGGAAGUGCUCUUUUGUCCUCUCUCUCUCUCUCUCUCUCUCUCCCUCUCUCUCCCCCCCCCCCCCCCCUCUCUCUCUCUCUCUCUCUCUCUCUCUCUCACGCUAAUCACCUGCUGAGUACAGCAAGGCGUGACCAAGCAUUGGAAAUGGAUGUAUCACACGAUCAUAAAGAUAUUGAAACUCCGAAGCCUUGUCCACACUUGACACGAUAGCCACCCUAAAGAAAAAUGAGCUGCAGCAAAAUAGAAACAUUGUGCAUGCAAGUAAAUGACUAAUAGAGAAGAGUAAAAGCAGCUACAAGCUAUGAAAGCUCCUGAGCAUACCUGUUUAUCUCAAUGUAUGAGAUGCAGAGUCGUGAAGUGCACUACGUUUACUGCAUUUUUUUUUUAUGAUGCUGCAGCAUUUUUUGUUUGAUGGUUAAUAUUUUGUGUGAACAAGGCUUUUGCAUAUCUGUGAGGGAAACUGGACACAAAGUGCACUGAAUUUAAUAGCCUAAUAUGAACAUCUGGACCCUGUUUCAUAAAACUUGAUAUCAAUAACAAGUUACAAGCUACUGUUAUAAGCUACCGAAAUCAUGGCAUCUGAUUGGCCGAGAGCAAAUUUGUCAUAGAAAUAUAGCGUUUGUUAUUGAUAAAAAGUUUCAUGAAACAGGCCCCAGAAUGUGUGACUUGUGUACUGCUAGUAAAGCAAGUUAUACUUCGAGCUAUACCAUUAAAAAUAGAUUUGAUAUGGAUGAGUAUUUAGACAAGAUUUUAAUUUCCUCACAUUACAAAGCAACUGAGAAGUGUUAUUGAAGAAUAAAGCCAUAGUUUACUAGAAGUUGACAUUUAUCGCACAAAUACAAGGAGUGACGAGUCGGGGGUGUUACAGCGAGGCGUUCGUGAAAGAGGUGCUAUUUUUGAAACCUUGGUUAGAUGCAUUUGAUGUGAAAAACAGUUGAUGAGUUUUUUUUUCUGAUCAUGAGAUUUAAGUACAACUUCGGUGCAAUGGUUUUAGCAGGGAACAAAAAUCAUGAUUUUAUUGAUUUGUUCUGAUCAGUUUUCUUGAAAAACAUUCCAUGUUGGGAAUAUAAAGAAAAAGAGGGAUGUAGCAAACUACAAAGUUUGUAUUGUAGCAUGGCUUGAUACAUGUUUGGGCACAGUCUACAUUGCCCUCCCCCCCCCACCAAUUAUUUACAUGGGGCCAAUGCGUACAGACCCUAACACUGUCGCUCAUUUCAUGAAACCGUUAUCCCAUUCAAACGUGCGUUAAAUUCAAUACAUUCGUUUCAAUGAGUUGUCAGUGAACUUGUACUCAUGACAGUUUUGUGAAAUGCUCCCCUUCACCCCUUAAUGACAAAAGGUGAUAUGGAGCCCAGAAUAUUGAUUUCAAGAUAUUGUUUAUUAAUGGCUCACCACCUGAAAUAAGAAUGUGAAGGUUGUUGUGAGAUAUUUAUAGAACAAACCAAAAACUAUGUCUUACCAUUCAUUACUUCACAAUUGUUGAGUGGUCUUGAUAUUUUGAAACCUAUCAAGCCAUUCAUAUGACGUCCCAGCCUCUUUUUCAGUCAUGCUCAGAUUAAUUGCUAAAGGUGCGACUCGAAGCAUUCUGGACUAGAGACCUUUUUAGCGUAACCAUUGAUUUGAAGGCGUCGUUUAACAAUGCCAAAUCUGAGAUGCAAGGCCCUACGUGUUAUCAGUGUCUCUGAUAUGGUGUAAUAUCAAAGCCCUAAUAAAUUUGCGCUUCAAAAAAGUAAGAAUCUUUGAGUGAACGGUAUUACCAUACACAUUUUCCCCAAUAGACGGUAAUGUUAAAAAAAUCGUUGGGAAAACAAUUUUUGAAAUUAUCUUGAUAAUCAAACAUGCCAUUGGCUUGUAAAAGUCAUGGGAUUCAUUUCUGACCUUAAGUUUGAUAAUUAUGUUAGCAGCACAAGCUAAAUCCAGGAUUUUGUUUACAAUCAGAGGCAAAGUUACCCAAUACCUUGAAUGAAACUAAAUGGAUGGUGGCUUUAAAGGUAGUGUCAACUCUUUGUUAAGGGUCACAAACAGUGGGAGGGGGGGUUGGGGAAUAGAACUGAACAUUGAGCGAUUUAGCUCUCGAAAGCUCCAAAAGAGCUCUGGUAUAUUGUAAUGGAGCUCUGGUAACAAAAAAACACGAUGAAAUACAUUUAUAUCGCUGUUGAAAUAUCACAACAUUUCUUAAAAGGAGCCCCCGUGAACAGAACAUUAUUUUUGUACGUCUAAAUGCCCUUUGAGAAGUAGAAUGGUGCUUGGCAGACGACAUGGUUUCAGGCCGUGUCCUUAGCAUACAAAGAAUGUGUGUGACAUUUAUGAUUGGACAUGGCUGCAGCCUCUGUCAUAGUAGUAAUUGGUUACAUAACCUGUAAGGCAUUAUGACAAAGAAUUAUGAUUGCAAUUUUAUUAACGAAUAAAUGUUAUGUCUGCAUACUCGCUUCAUCAUAGAAAUCAUUACUUGCUGCAGGAAAGGUUUUUUUAAGAGUAAAACUAAUCUGAAAUUUUGACAAUUUGAGGCUUUCAGUCACACCAUCUGGUAGCUAUACUGAAAAGGCUAUUGAUGUAAUAAUCUAUAAUUGUCCUUUUCUCUAAAUUAAAGCAAGCAGUGCGAGCUACAGUUGUUCGACACCUGCUCUCAUGACAAUUUUCUGAACUAAAAGAAUUCCUAACUUCAACCUUGGCUACAACACAAUCCCUAACCCUUACCCUAACUCUUAUCCUAACCAAAUCUCAACCUAGGACACAAUCGCAGCCCUGACCGUAGACCGUAAGCUUCAAUUCUUUGAAUGUCUGUUGUUCCACUGACUGCCUCUUGAUGGGGAAGGCUGAAAAAUGUCUUUUCCCCCUUUUUGUAACAAUAAAAGGAGGUUAUUUCUACAUCUUUGGAGGAAAAGUUGCCCAAAUGUUAGAUCCCCUGGCUGGAAGUACUGCGACACGAUCCGAGAGAGUGAAGAAAUUGCCACAUUUGGAGAUAUUAAGAGAAUGUUGUAUACAAAUGAUGUCAUAGUGAGUUUAUGUUGUAAUAUAUUGCUGUUGUCUAAGGACCAGUACUGGUUCAUUAUUAUUACUUUGUAUUAUACCUGUACAUAAAGAUGUCAAAUACCUGUAGCAUUCAGUUGAAUCUUUUGUUGUUGACUUUUUGAACAAAAAACAAAAAAAUUACAUAUAUCAGACGAACUAUGAUGUCUGGAGAAACUAAA